AUGCAGGGCAAGCGACAUGUCUCGACAUUGCUCAAUAGAGUACCACGGGCUCGUGUUGUCGCGGUGUCAAGCUCAACACCGUCAGAAGUUGAAUGGGCGCGCGCGGAACCAGACUAUAUUGAUUUUGACAUCAAGGUCUACGACACCUACGAAGAAAUGCUGGAGCAUCCGGGCUUGCAGGCUGUCUGGGUUUCGACGAGCACAGACGUGCAUGCAAUUCAGACCAUCAGGGCUGUCAAGAAAGGCUUGCAUGUUCUAUGCGAGAAACCUUUAAGCACGAACAUGGAUGAAAUCGAUGCUGCCAUUGCAGUUGCUGAAAGCCGACCCGACCUGAAGGUGAUGGCCGGCUUCUCCCGCCGAUUCGACGCUUCAUAUCGAGACGCCCAUGAGAAAAUAAAGUCCGGGGCCAUCGGGGACACAUACAUGAUCCGCAGCCAAACCGGAGACUUGCUAGACGAGACAGGCUUCUUCAUAGCGUAUGCCAAGCGCAACGGCGGCAUCUUUGUGGACUGCACGAUCCACGACAUUGACUUGACGCUGUGGUUCCUGGACAAUCCCAAGCCGAAGAGCUGCUACGCGGUGGGCACGUUGAAACACUACUCGGAGCUGGCUGAAGCGAACGACGUAGACAACGGUGUCGGAGUUGUUGAAUACUACGGUGGGAAGAUCGGGUAUUAUCUUGCGUCUCGGACGCAGGCAUAUGGACAUGAUGUAAGCACCGAAGUGACUGGAACUGAGGGCAAAGUGCAGAUCAACCUGACACCUCGGGCCAACAACGUUGUGCUGGGCGACAGGCUGGGGCUGCGCCACGAAGUGCAGCCAGAAUACUGGCAGCGAUUUGAACACGCUUUUGCGACUGAAGCAUCUGAGUUUGUGAAUGCAGUUCUCAACGACACACCUGUGCCGCUGCCACUGGAAAGUGGGAGAAUGGUCAUGGUGAUUGCAAGGGCAUUGCAGGAGAGCCUUUGGACUGGGGAGCCCGUCAGGUUCAAUGAAGAUGGAACAAGAGUCUAG